UCUUAGCUUGUUGUAAAAGAUACAAAAACAAAACCAAACAUAGAUGAAAUUAAACUUUUCCUAUCUGUUUCCAACCACACCCCAUGUUGUCAUUUCCUCUUUUAUUUAUUCACAAAAAAAUCCAUACUUUGUGACAUCUCUGAUUUCCUUGUUUUUUUGUCAACAACUACAUUGCCAUUAAUUCUUCAACUUCAGAUCUGUGGAUUAUUUUCUGUGUGUGUUUUUGUUGAUGAUUCAUUGACUUCACCAAAAACUGGAGGUGGGUUUUCUUUUUCAACUCUUUUUUAGUAUCCUAGUGUUGAAAAUGAACUUUCACAUUCACAUUCACAUAACCCAGAUGAUUUUUUUACCUAGUUUGUUAUAAAGGUUUCAUCUUUCACAAACCCUUUUCUUUUGGGUUGUUGAAUUUCAUUUUCCUUGUAUAGAAAUAUUGAAAAAUAUGUUUUUUAUGUGAUUGGAUUUUGUUUGCUUUCUGGGGUUUCUUGCUUGCAAUUUUUGCUUCUUUUGGUAAAAUCAUGAUGAGGAAGGUGAUUGGGGAGGGAGUAUUGAUUGUGCUGAUUUUGAUGAUAGUGAGUGAAAAUGUUGAGGCUCAACCAAAGUCAAUUCUUAUCAAUUGUGGUUCAAAUUCUUCUGUGAAUGUUGAUGGUAGGAGAUGGAUUGGGGAUAUGGCUUCUAAUAACAAUGUUACCCUUAAUUCUCCUGGUGUUGUUGCUUCCACUGAUGCAUUGAGUGGGAAUUCAAUCUAUGAGCCGCUUUAUCGAACUGCGAGAGUAUUUACGGCUUCUAUGAAUUACACAAUCAGAGGAGUUCAGGGGAAGUAUUUUGUUAGGUUCCAUUUAUGUCCCUUUGAGAUUGUGGACCACAAUGUGAAUGAGUCCUCUUUUGGUGUUGUUGUCAAUGGUAUGAAGCUUUUGUCGGAGUUUAACGUUGCGGGUAAGAUAUCCGAAAAGAAUGUGAACUUGCAGAAUUCUGGAAGGAAUUCAAGUUUGUUCUUUUUGGUUAAGGAGUAUAUUCUUGAUGUCGAUGAUGGUUUGCUUCUGAUUGAGUUUGUUCCGAGUAAAGACUCGUUUGGCUUCAUCAAUGCCAUUGAGAUUGUUCCGGUUGUUAGUGAGUUGUUUGAUGGUUCGGUCGGUAAAGUUGGUGGUGGAAACUUGAAUUUGGCUGGACACGGGAUGGAGACUAUGUAUAGGUUAAAUGUUGGUGGGCCCGAGAUUCGAUCGAAUGAGGAUCCCGAUCUUCGGAGAAUUUGGGAAGUUGAUUCUAGCUAUAUGAUCACGGAAAAUGCCGGAGUAGGAAUGAAGAACAGCUCUAAUAUUACAUAUGCUUCUGUGAAUGAUACUUCAGUAGCUCCUCUCCUUGUGUAUGAAACUGCAAGGGCAAUGUCCAACACUGAAGUCUUGGACAAAAGGUUUAACAUGUCGUGGAAAUUCGAAGUAGAUCCUGAUUUCGAUUACGUCGUCAGGUUACAUUUCUGCGAGCUGAUGUAUGAUAAGUCAAACGAGAGAGUAUUCAGGAUCUACAUAAACAACAGGACAGCUGCGGAUAAUCUCGAUGUUUUUGUUCGAGCAGGAGGGAAGAAUAAAGCGUAUCACCUAGAUCAUUAUGAUUCCGCGUCGAUGUGGAUGGGCACGCUUUGGAUUCAACUAGGUCCUGAUACCGCUGCUGGUGCUGCGGGAACUGACGCUCUCUUGAAUGGUCUAGAGAUUUUUAAGCUUAGUCGGAACGGGAAUCUUGCCUAUGCCGAGAAAUACAACUCGGCUGGGAAUUCGGGAAGCAAAUCAAAAUCAAAAGUUCUUUGGAUUGGAGUCGGAGCAGGUAUAGCUUCUGUGGCUAUAAUUGCAUGUAUAGGUGUCUUUGUUUUCUGUUUCUGCAAAAGAAGGAGAAAGGAAUCAAGUGAUGCCAAAAACAACUCUCUCGGUUGGCUACCGAUAUUCCUUUACGGAGGGGCUACUGUAAACAGCACUGUAGGUGUCAAGGGAUCAAACGGAAAUCAGAAGUUAUAUGGAUCCGUGGCCUCAACUGGAGCUGGGAAACGGUUUACUUUGGCUGAAAUCAACGCUGCAACGAAGAGUUUCGAUGAGAGUUUGGUAAUUGGAGUUGGAGGCUUUGGUAAGGUAUAUAAGGGAGAAGUUGAUGAUGGUGUGCCCGCUGCAAUUAAGCGCGCCAAUCCGCAGUCUGAACAAGGUCUGGCUGAAUUCGAGACCGAAAUAGAGAUGCUCUCGAAACUAAGACACAGGCAUCUAGUGUCUUUGAUUGGUUUCUGCGAAGAGAAAAGUGAAAUGAUUUUGGUUUAUGAGUACAUGGCGAACGGAACUCUAAGAAGUCAUCUAUUUGGAAGUAAUCUCCCUCCACUAACAUGGAAGCAGCGUCUCGAAGCUUGUAUAGGUGCUGCAAGGGGACUUCACUACCUUCACACAGGAGCCGACCGAGGAAUAAUUCACCGAGAUGUCAAAACAACCAACAUACUGUUAGACGAGAAUUUCGUAGCCAAAAUGGCUGAUUUUGGUUUGUCAAAAGACGGCCCUGCUUUCGAACACACUCAUGUUAGCACUGCUGUGAAAGGAAGUUUCGGCUAUCUCGAUCCAGAGUAUUUCAGAAGACAGCAGUUAACCGAGAAAUCAGAUAUUUACUCUUUCGGAGUUGUUCUGUUUGAAGCUGUUUGUGCUAGAGCCGUGAUAAACCCUACAUUGCCUAAAGACCAAAUCAAUCUCGCAGAAUGGGCGUUGAGAUGGCAGAGAGAAAGAUCGCUCGAAAAAAUCAUCGAUCCACAUCUUAAAGGAAACUAUUGUCCCGAAUCAUUGUCUAAGUUUGGGGAGAUAGCCGAAAAAUGUCUCGCUGAUGAUGGUAAAAGUCGGCCUACCAUGGGAGAGGUGUUAUGGCACUUGGAAUAUGUGUUACAGCUACAUGAAGCUUGGCUCAACAUGGACAACAACAAUAGCACAGAAAAUUCCUUGUCUAGAGUUGAAGUUGGGCAAGAGCAUUCAAAUCAAGAAGAAGAAGAUGAAGCAUGACCUUAUAUUAUAUAGUUAAUAUCCUCUACAGAUUCUUUUUAUUUGUUUUAUUGAAUUCAAGUUAUUUACUAUUAUUACUAUUUUUAGCAUCUGAUUUGUGGAUGUAUUAUGUAUACAUGGUAAUGGAUUUUCAAACAUCUGUCCAACAAAAAAAAUGUUGAUAUUUGUGAUAUGCACUAUUUUUUGGAUUGAAUUGUAACUAAAUGUAUUGUUACUGGGAUCUUUCUUCUCAAAAGUUCAUAUCAAUAGCU